AUGAGGAUUUUUGGAGAGGAUGAGGAGGAUGAAGACGGUCAUAUGAAGAUUAUGAGAAUUUUUGGAGAGGAUGAGGAGGAUGAAGACGGUCAUAUGAAGAUUAUGAGGAUUUUAGAAGAGGAUGAGGAGGAUGAAGACGGUCAUAUGAAGAUUAUGAGGAUUUUAGAAGAGGAUGAGGAGGAUGAAGACGGUCAUAUGAAGAUUAUGAGGAUUUUUGGAGAGGAUAAGGAGGAUGAAGACGGUCAUAUGAAGAUUAUGAGGAUUUUUGGAGAGGAUGAGGAGGAUGAAGACGGUCAUAUGAAGAUUAUGAGAAUUUUUGGAGAGGAUGAGGAGGAUGAAGACGGUCAUAUGAAGAUUAUGAAGAUUUUUGGAGAGGAUGAGGAGGAUGAAGGCGGUCAUAUGAAGACUAUGAGGAUUUUAGAAGAGGAUGAGGAGGAUGAAGACAGUCAUAUGAAGAUUAUGAGGAUUUUUGGAGGAUGA